GGGCGGCUACGCACGUUGCCAUAGCGACCAUUUUACGUUGACCGGUUUGUAGCUUAGAUCCAGGUAUCUGGGCGACCGCGGGGCCCGCUCUUCCGCUCUGCGCUGCUCCCGGUGGCCAGGAGGCCCCAGCAGGCUCCAGCGGCCUGGCCUAGGGAUCCGCGUCGCCCAGAAGGGCGGUAUGUCUGCGGAAAAAGACGACGAGGUGGAAUGGGUGGUGGAGAGCAUCGCGGGGUUCCUCCGAGGCCCGGACUGGUCCAUCCCCAUCUUGGACUUCGUGGAGCAGAAAUGUGAAGUUUUUGAUGAUGAAGAAGAAAGCAAGUUAACCUAUACAGAGAUUCAUCAGGAAUACAAAGAACUAGUUGAAAAACUGUUAGAAAGUUACCUUAAAGACAUCGGAAUUAAUGAAGAUCAAUUUCAAGAAGCAUGCACUUCUCCACUUGCAAAGACCCAUACAUCACAGGCCAUUUUGCAACCCGUGUUGGCAGCAGAAGAUUUUACGAUCUUUAAAGCAAUGAUGGUCCAAAAGAACAUUGAAAUGCAGCUGCAGGCUAUUCGGAUAAUUCAAGAGAGAAAUGCAGGUGUAUUACCUGACUGCUUAACAGAUGGCUCUGAUAUGACCAAUGACCUUGAACAGCAAGAGAUGAAAAUCCUGAGGGAAGUUCUUAGAAAAUCAAAAGAGGAAUAUGACCGGGAGGAAGAAAGGAAGAGAACAAAACAGUUAUCAGAGGAUAAAACAGAAGAGCCCCCAGAGCAUACUAGUGAAGCUAUAAAGAUGAGUCAUUCCCAAGGAAGUGGUGAACAUUUUGGGCAUUCAACAUCAGAAAAAGUGCAUUUUGCUAAUCAGUCAGUACAACCCUUGGCAAGAAAGGUGGAUAUGUUGCCUGAAACUUCCUCGCUUCCACAGAAGGACUUGAAGAAUCCUGGUUUAGAACAUGCAAGCAUUGAAGGACCAAUAGCAAAUUUGUCAGCACUUGGAAUGGAAGAGCUCCGGCAACGAGAACACUAUCUGAAACAGAAGAGAGAUAAAUUGAUGUCCAUGAGGAAGGAUAUAAGGACUAAGCAGAUAGAAAAUGCGGAGCAGAAAGGAAAACCCGCGGGGGAGGUAGAGGAAAUGACAGAGAAACCAGAAAUGACAGCAGAAGAGAAGGAAACAUUACUAAAGAGGCGAUUGCUUGCAGAGAAACUUAAAGAAGAAGUUAUUAAUAAGUAAUAUUAAAAAAUUUAGCAAAAUAGUUCAAAUUUUCUUAAAAAUAAAUUAUUUAAUCCUUAUACCAAGUCUAUUAUAAAAAAAUCCUUGCUUUUGUAAAUGCUAAUAUAAGCUCAUUAUUAAAUAUUUGAGGCAAAGGGCAGUAGGGAAAACAGCUUACAUUGAUCUGUUUAAAUUCAAUUUCUGGAUACGGUUUUCUCUUGGAGAAGAGGAUAUAGAAAUCAGUUUGUAGUGUGUUUAUUCAUUCUACUUAGUAUUUGUGCUAGGCACUAUACUACAUAUAUGCAGUAAGAAUAUAGCAGUUGAUUAAAUUGACAAGGUCUCUGCCUUCAUAGGGCUAGUGAAGAAAGCUCAAAGAGCAAAGUGUUAGGAAGUACAGAGUGCUAUAAGCAGGGCUGGCUGAGCCUCCUUGAGAAAGUGUCUAAGCUGAUUAGAAGGGUAAUUGCAUGGAGAUAACUAAUUCUGGCUCUGCAGCAAGAACAAAGCAUAUCCUGAGUAAGUGGAUUCUGUGUAGUGAGUCCAGGGGCUUGGCAUAUGAAAUUGGAGAUAGGUGGGGUACUGAUAGUGCAGGGCCUUGUAGGAAAUGUGAGGAUUUAAAAUUUUAUAAUAUGGGCAGUGGGAAGCCACUGAAGUUUUAAAGCAGGGAAAUUACUUGAUUAAAUUUUCAUUUUUAAGGUGGGUGGGCUAAAAUAGUUAGUGGCUGUGCUGGCACUGUGGCCCAGCUCUGUCUUUUGUGGCUAUUUGGGGAGUGAAUCAACAGAUGGAACCUGUCUCUUCCCCUCUCUGUUGCUUUCUUUUUUUUUUUUUUUGACAGGUAGAGAUAUAGAUAGGUUCAUUCCCCAAAUGGCCACUAUGGUCGGCGCUGUGCUGAUCUGAAGCCAGGAGCCAGGUGCUUCUCCUGGUCUUCCAUGCAGGUACAGGGGCCCAAGCACUUGGGCCAUCCUCCACUGCACUUCCGGGCCACAGCAGAGAGCUGGACUGGAAGAGGAGCAACCAGGACUAGAACCCAGUGCCCAUUUGGGAUGCUGGCGCCACAGGCGGAGGAUUAACCAAGUGAGUCACAGCGCUGGCCCCCUCUGCUGCUCUUUCAAAUAAAAUCUUAAAAGAAUAAAAAAAAUGGGGGGUAUACCAGUAUGAGGCAGUGCAGUCAACUAUCCUGGGCAGUUGCAAGAUGGAUUUUACAUUUGCCAUUUACAUUUGAAGCAAAGUGAACAUGGGAGAUGUUAAAAACAUUCAUUACUCACUCUUUCCAGAAAAGCUAUUAUUGGAACAGAUAAAGACAAGUGACUGAGCCUGCUGAGGGAAAUGAUAUCAUUAGUGUAGUCUUUUGUAUGACAAAUAACCCUAGCAUAGUUCUCUGUAGCCUGUGGAAAGGUAACCAGGAAAGUAGAAGACCCAUAAGAAACUUUCAGAGCUGUGGCACCCUCCCCAACACCCCAUCCAUCUUUUCCUAGCUGGAGGACACUCCUGAGGUUUAGGUUAUCAUUACAUCUUUUCUCCUUAAGCCUACAACUAUAAAACUUUAAAAAGGGACACCAAAGCUCAUUUUAGCUAUACAAUUCCAAUGUUUAACUUUUAGAAAAACCAGAGUUAUUCUUCACUUGGUACAUUUGCAUCACUAGGCGUACAAAAGGAAAAACUAGCAAUUAAAACACAGAAUUGUUUCAGAUAACUUUUAUUAAAAAUAGUUUUAUAUUGGAUACAUGUUUACAGAUAACACUUUAAGAAGUCCUAAGGCAUACAAAUGUGGGCUCUGGUUUGCUUCACUGAGUGAAGAUAUAAAAAUCCAGCUCUGCCUAGCAUAGUUAUUGUAAGACAGCAGCUCAUGUGGAAUCUUCAUGGUUGUUCUUUCAAGGUAUGUCUUGAUCUCAUAUGGUGAUGGGUAUGGAUAUGUAACUUGUAUUUCAAGAAAACAUUCACAUUUCUGCUAUAUAUGAUGAGAUUUGAUGAUCUAACAGUUAAAAGUUUAAGAGACUAAUGGCAGUCCUUCAGAAAGGAAAAUUAUAGGGAGUCUUUCCAAGAUAGAAAGAUAACACUUUGUACUGGAACUUCAGUUAUUUAAGAACAGUAAAUAGAGAAAUGUUUUAGGCCUGCGCUUCUUAUUAAGACCUAAGAUGCUAAGUAGUGGCUUGAUAAAACUUGCUUGAAGAAAGUAUUCAUAUGCUAAUUUUACCGAUUUUUGUUUGAAAUAUCCUGACUGUAAUGAUGUGGAAAGUAUACUAAGGACACCCUUCAUGAAAGAGGUGAGAAUAGCUCCACGCUAUGAUGCUGCGGUACUGAGAUUUUAUUUGCCCAAAGACACUUUUUCCAUGCAGUCAGUGAUAUUUAAAGUGCAGUUGACCCUCACUUGUUUAGAAUUCUUUCAUUCAGAUUAGAAUAUGAAACUAGUGGUUUAUAAUAAAUAUCCAU